GCUGAAUCUAAGAAUGGAGAAAGCAGCAGAGAGGGAUGAAGAUACAGUACAAAGGUUAGAGCUAAAUAUAGAUGAAUUGAAGUACCCCACUGUACAUAGCAUUUACUGACAUUUAUACAGCAGUGAACCACUGACAUUUUAAGAGCAUUACUUUGCACUCAUCUUUUGAAAAAGAGCACUAAAAUGUGUUGCCGAGAUGUUCAACGGUUAAUCACAUUCACAUUACCUGUUGUGAACAUUAACAUGUAAUUUUUCAUUGUCAAUUCACAUUUGUCAUUUCGUUUUUUGAGCAACAAUUGUUUAUUAACUAACGACAAUACAAUUACAGAGCAUUUUCAAACAGAACUGUGUAAUUGCAACAUGACACCCGCCAACACGAAUGUACAGAAGGCGACAACAUUUCUUUUUCUGUUCUGAGGGGGUGGGGAGUGAGUGGGCCAUGUGAAAGGUGCAAGAAACUCUCUGUUAGAGCAGUUGUGCUGCUAGAGAAAUGAAAGAGACUCACGGAUUUAAAGAACAUGGGAAUCAGGAAUGAACAGGAUUUUCUUUCUCUUGGAUGCAAGGAGUAAACGGAAGUUGUUGGCUGCAAGCACAUAAAGGGGGAGUGCUCACAGAUUUCCGGAAAGAUACAGAUCAGAGGAGAGAUAGGCUGUGAAAAUCUCCUGAAGGUUAGAGGACACCGAGUGUAAGAAGAGGAAACUUCUAAAGUAGCACAUGCCAUUUUAUACCUCGAUUAAAUGCAUCAAUAUAUGUGACUGUAACUACAGAAGCAUAUCUAAUACAUGCAUUGCUAAAAAAGUCAUUCCUGUGAAUGAGAACAUUCUAUUGCAAACUGUCAGUCGGAAAAGACAUUUGAAUUUAUCGUUGGACAUGCUUACUGUUUAAUAACUGUGUAUUUUUUUACAUGUUACAAUAGUGGGAUUUUUGCAACUCUGAUACAUUGCAGCUGUCACUGAGGAAGUUUUUGUAGGAUUUCUGAGAGAAACUCUAACAACAACCAAACCAUAUUAACUGUAAUUUGCUGGUGUGGUUAAGGAAAAUACAAAUGUUUCUAAACUCUAUCCUUGUGGUCAUUACUGACCUGGCAGCUGGACUUCUUGGCAACUCAUCAUUUCGACGUCAUUUUCAUUUGUUGCUGUCAGCAUUGCUUUUGUUUGGUCCUUUCCUGAAUCUAUGGGUUUCCCAUUAUAGUGUGUUUGCAAAGAGGACUCACUUUCUCUACAGGGUUUUCCUGCGCUCAGGCUGGGGCUGGACCUGCAUCUUUGUUGGCUCUUUUGUCUUCGUCCUCUCUUUCUCAGUUCGUCGCUCACUCACACUUUCUCUGCGACACCUUUCUCGGCUAGCUGUGGCAGGUGGAUUGUGGCUGGGCUUCCGCAAACUGCUUUAUCUGUUGGAGAAUGCCACCGGGAGUUGUUACGAGCCCCUCAGCUCCACUAUUGAGCUGGCUUCAGGGACCAAUGGAGAUGGCCAACCUUUACUGCUUUUACGGGAAGGUGAAACAAAGGAGGCCUGUGUCCGCUCUGGCAUGUUGUGGCGUGGCUAUGAAGUAUCUGAAGAUGCCCUCCUGCUGUGUUUGUGCUGCCUGCUUCUAGCUGAAGAGACUGCAGUAUUUGGGCCCUACCUUAACCUGGGUGGACCCUCUGAAGCCCCGCUGCGCAUCCUCUUCCUGUUCUGUGUCCUGCUGUUGAGUCUCUGGGUGUUCCUGCUGCUCUGUCUGCUGGCUUACUUCCCACAAUUUCCUACUCAGCUUCUGGGAGGCGCUCUGGGUUGUUUGAGCUGGAGAGCAUUGUAUCAGGGCUGGUACCGACUUGGACCUAGUUGGUACUGCCCCGGGAGGCCAGGGGUGGGACUUUUGUCUACACAGAGGAAACAGGAUGAGACAUCUGAGCCACUGUGUGAAACUAAUGCUAAAGAGAUCAACUAGAGAAGGCUUGAAGAAUUAAAGCUUGGCUGAAUUAUAUGUAGUUCUGUAUUAAAUCAGUGAAACCUACAGGAUAUACAGCCAAAUCUCGUCAAUACAAAAUGAAUGUAUAUUUGAUAAAUUAUAUAUUAAAGUUGCUGGUAUUCAUAUAUUUCAUUCAAACAUAUGCUUACUAAAUUCUCACUCUAUUAAUAACAGCUUUUCAACAUCAUAGGUGGGGGUGGAGAGAAGGUGCAGGGAUAGUUCAGUUCAAAAUAAAAAUGUAUCAUUUACUCAUCCA